CUCGACUCGACUCGACUCGACUCGUUUGUCGUGGCAAGCCUAACAUAUACAUGAUGUAACUCCACCUUCUCUCUCACCAAAACCCGUACCCAGACGCAAAAACCCCCCAAACUCUUUGACCUCAACCCCUCAACAAUGGCGCUCAUCCCACGCCCGGACCCUUCCGCCACUCAAAUCCACAAGCUCCCGCAGUACACGUACAUCGACGCCCUCCGGUGGCUGCCGCACCUCUCCACAUUCACCCGCCACAUCCUCCUCGCCGCCUACGACGCCGACACCUCCACCCCUUCCCUCCAAACCCUUGCCUUCUCCCCUUCCCAAAAUGAUCCUUCCCUCACCCCACAAGCCUCCGCCACCGCCCCUUCUAGAAUCGCCUCCUUGAAAAUCUCCUCCUCCCCCUUAACCCCCUCCAAACCCCUGGUCGCCGCCGCCACCUUUUCCGGCACGGUCCUCUUCUACUCCGCAGAUUUGAUAAACGGGUCCUUGGAUUGCGAGUUCUCGGUGCCGGAAAAGGGUUUUCAUUCGGGCGCCGUAUCGGGGAUUGAUUUGAACGAGAAUGGGUCGGAGUGUGUGAGCGUUGGGGAGGAUGGGAGGGUCAAUUUGGUCAAUUUGUCUUCCAAGGUUGGUUUCAAGAGGGUUUUUGACAGUAAUGGUUUGGUUUCGUACAGUGCGGUUAAGUGGGCUUCGCCUGUGGAGUUUGUGACUGGUGCUUUUGGAUUCGGUCUUCAUUGGUGGGAUCAGAGGAAGUCGGGUGGACCAGUGGCUUUGUUUAAGAACAAUUGUUGUAGAUUAGCAUUCUUGAUUAUUGCUUAUGGAUUAGAAAGGACGAGAGAAUCAGCUUCAGGCAUUGUUCACUCCAUUGACAUUCAUCCAUCACGAAAACACACGUGCCUUGCAGGAGGCUCUUCUGGUGUAGUAUUUGCUUGGGACACUCGUUGGCCAAAACAGCCGGUUUUGCUAUCCGGGGUCGGUUUUAGUGAUACAAAUGCAAAUUCGAUAGUGGAAAGUGAUAUUUGGGAAGUCCAGUAUGACAACUAUACACAUUCCUCAAAGAUUGUUAACUCAUCAUCUUCUUCUUCUCGGAUUCUGCCUGCUAUGAUUUGUUCAGAGGAUGGGAUCCUUGCCGUAAUCGAGCAAGGUGAAGAACCAAUAGAGCUAUUGGCCGAGCCUUGUGCAAUAAAUAGCUUUGAUAUCGACAGACAAAACCCGUCGGAUGUGAUAUGCAGUUUGGAGUGGGAAUCCAUAGCCAUCUUGACUAGGUCGUAAAGUUGUUGAGGAAAAGGAAAUUCAUUAUGUGGUCCAACUCAAAUUCAAACUUAGGAUUUACCGCUUGUUUUGUUUUAUCAAUAUAAUUUAUACACCUGACAUGAACAUAAGUCAGAUGGCUUGAAUAUGUAUGAUGAAUGUAUGAAAUCGUUUGGGUCAUUGUGUUCAUACUUCAAUGGAUCAUUUAAAUUUACUGUCAGUUGCAAUCAUAUCCUUUUACAGAAAGA